AUUGACCCCAAUGAGAAAAAGAUCCUGGAGCUGCCACCAAGUGUUAUAGUACACCUCUUAACACUUAUUUGUGUUGCAGGCAAAAUCAAGCCCUCCGAUGUCGGUCUUGAACAAGAGGCACAGUUGGUAUGUGCGUGGACAAAAUCUUCACAUGGACGUCAUGGGAGUCUUCAGUCACCGCCACCAAUCAAAUACCUGCAUUUACACAAGUGCGAAAGUUUCUCUAUGGGAAUAUUCUGCAUGCCACCUUCCUCUAUUAUACCUCUUCAUAAUCAUCCUGGAAUGACUGUGUUGAACAAGCUUCUAUAUGGUACAUUAAAUGUAAAAUCAUUUGAUUGGAUUGAUGUGUCUGGGCCUUCUGAUCAAUUGCAAGGUGCAAGACCUGCCAAGCUUGUUAGGAAUGGUGAGAUGAGGGCCCCUUCUGAGCCAACAAUUCUGUAUCCAUCAUGUGGAGGCAACAUUCACUCUUUCAAAGCCGUGACUCCGUGCGCUAUCUUUGACAUCCUGUCGCCACCUUACUAUUCUGAGGAUGGGAGACACUGUACUUAUUUCAAAAGUCUCCAAGAGCAGAUUUGCCAGGUAAAAGUUACUAGUGCACAUUAUUCGUAAAUUUUGAUAAUUUAGUGAAUGAGAAUUCUCAGUUUUUAUGUUUUUGCU